GCAUUCCAGGUUAAAAAAAUAUAAAAAAUGUCGCUCUUCCUAACCCUCUCCAACCCCAAACCCAUCUUCGGUCUUUUCCUUCCCACAAACCCUAAUCCCUGCUUCCAACCAAAGCCUCUCAUCCUCUCCUUCUCCAUCUCCGCUUCAUCUGCCCAAAACCCUAACCCUAACCCUAGAAGGAAACGCCGCACUCCGAAACCCGAAACUCCUCCAGACAGCGGGAAUCCCGACGAGAUCUUCCCGGCCGCAAUCCCUCGGAAGCCGAGGCGCGGGCGGAGGAGCGAGGCGGUCGCAGUGGAGGAUUUCGUCCGCGACUCGCUGGAACGGACGUUCGCAUCGAUCAGGGAGCAGAAUUCUAGUGUCUUGAAUGACAAGGAAGAGGUUUUGAAGAAGAGGAUCAAACAAGAAGCGGACUGUGAUGGCGAAUAUGGUGAUGGUGGUGGAAGGAGGGAAGAAGUUGUUGAGGAAGACGAUCCAGAUUGGCCUGUGGAUGCGGAGAUCGGGUGGGGCAUCCGAGCGUCGGAGUACUUCGAGAAGCAUCCGAUCAGGAAUGUGGUCGAGGACGGCAUGGAGAUUGAUUGGGAAGGAGAGAUGGAUGAUAGCUGGGUGAAGGAGAUUAACUGCUUGGAAUGGGAGAGCUUUGCUUUCCAUCCUAGCCCUUUGAUCGUUCUUGUCUUUGAAAGAUAUAACAGGGCAGCUGAUAACUGGAAGCUUUUGAAGGAGUUGGAGAAGGCAAUCAAGGUCUAUUGGGGUGCAAAAGAUCGAUUACCCCCUCGGACAGUUAAGAUUGAUAUCAACAUUGAGCGAGAUUUGGCUUAUGCUCUUAAAGUCAGGGAAUGCCCGCAGCUGUUAUUCCUCCGAGGAAACAAAAUUUUGUACAGGGAGAAAGUGGUUCGAACAGCAGAUGAAUUGGUGCAGAUGAUUGCGCAUUUCUACUAUAAUGCAAAAAAACCUUUGUGGGUUGAUGACACAGCAAUGGCUUCUCCAUAUUAAGCAGUUCUGGUUCAGGGUGCAAGGGAAUGCUGAUUUUCUACUAGUUUUUGUGAGCUAUUCGAAUUGCUGAAGGGCCUAAGGGAAUGCUGAUUUUCCACUACUAGUUUUUGUGAGCUAUUCGGACUCUCAACAGGCAAUCCUCAGAAAAGUAAAGAUGGAAUUGCUCAAGGGCCCAAGGGAAUGCUGAUUUUCAACUAAUUUUUUUAUGAGCUAUUUGGCCUCUCAAUGGGCAAUCCUCAGGUAAAGCUACUGCUGUCAUCAUUUUGUGUAUAAAUUGGGGGGCUUGAAGACGCUCAAGAAUUUGCGCAUUGGCAAAUUUGGGCAUGUGAUAUACAAAUAUCGAAAUGAAAAAAUCAUGUGAUUGGGGUUAUAAUUUUGAAA